AUGGAGCCAGAUGUAAAAGUGAAUGAAGAUUUCAAAAGCCAAUUUAAGGCUUAUCAGGAGCAACAGCAAAGGCGGCUGCAAGAUUUGAUGGAGAGGAAGAAGGAAAAGCAGAACAGGCAGAAGAACACUGGCAGCACAAAGAAGACUAUAAAAGCCCUGAGUGACCUAAACCUGUUUAAUAAAGGACCUCCUGUAAAUGAAGAUGCCAGCAAAAGUUUUCUUGAGGCUGAAAAUGAGAAGCUGCAGGAUCAGCUCCGAGAGGUCCGGGAUGAGAACUGCAGGCUCUACAAACUGGUGUCAGAGAAAGAUUUUGAAAUAAAUCAGCUCCAGAGAAGAGUGCAGGAGGAAAGGUUGGCUCUGUCAGGGGUGUCUGGUAUAGCUGGAGAUGUGGCAGCCACUAAAAUAGUUGAGUUGGCCAAAAAGAACCGUGAGAUAACUGCUGAGUUUGAGAGUGAGAGAGCCAGAGUGAAGCAGCUGAAUCACAAAGUCAAGGAGCUGGAGAGAGAACUACAGGCAGCCACAGAAAAAAUCCAUUCCCUUGGUGGUGAUGCUGCAGGAAUCAAGGAAUCAACUCUGAAAAUACUGGAAGGAAACUUGGCUGAAAGUCCAGAGGUGAAAGCACUGCAGGAAAAAUUGACCACAGCCAAUAUAAAAGUGACGGAAUAUCGGAACCAGCUCCAGAACGUGAAACAGGAACUGAAGCUGACCCAAAAGAUUUUAGCCAAAGAAGUUGGGGAAGAUGUGAAUAUCCAAAGUCUCUUGACCAAUUCUGGCAGCUGGCGUGGACGAGCUCAGCAAAUUCUUCUUCUCCAAACCAGGGUUCGAGAGCUGGAGCAUAAACUGAGUCAAAACAAGAUCACAGCUUCUCUGCUUGAGGUGAAUGAGGGAUUUCUGGCAUUCCCUCAUUCAAGGAAGUUGUCAGUCCAAGAGAAGAAUUUGCUGAAGAUUCGCAGCUUGGAAAAAGAGAAGAGGGAAUCUUUGGAGAAACUCGCUGAGCAAUACAACACUCUCCAAAAAAACCAUGAGGAACUGAAAAAAAAACUGGAUGCCUCAAGAGCCAGGAACCAAGUGCUGUGUGGAGAAGUGAAGAUACUGAACGGACAGAUUGGAACCUUGCUGGAGAAAGGGAAACACGAUGAUGAGCUCCUAGAUGCCUUGCUGACCCAGCAGAAACAAAUGCAAGAGCUCUUAAAGGGCCUGAGCCAGAAGGAGGAUAAGAACAAGGAGCCUCAGCAGGUGGUAGGGCAGCACCUGAACCCUGGGAUUCAGAGACAAAACAUCAUGGAAGACAAGCUCAGGGAGCUGGUGGUUGAGCGAGAAGCAAAGGUUAAAACACUGGAGACAGAGGUGGAGAAACUCGCAUUUCAGGACGAGUCAGAAGCUGCUAAUCUACCAUGCUCUGAGCACUCAGGAGCACCUGAGGGAUCAGGCAGUAGCAAGGCUGGAAGGACAGAAUCUGCCCGCGCAGUGUCCACGAUGGGCCACGUGCUCGUGGAGUCAGCAGCCACAGAGCCUUUCUUCCUCAGGGGUAGCACCCCAUCUGGAAGGUCUGGCACGGACAGCUUGGACUGGGAAGUGCUGCCAGGAGAGAACACAGAGCAGAAGGCUCUGUGCCAGGCUGCUGAAGUGGAGAGGAGCAAGCUCCUGGAGCUGGUGACUGUGCUGCAGAAAAGGUUGGAGGAAAGCAGCAACAAAGUCUUGGAAGCUGAGAAGAAGCUUCGAGAGGAGAAGUGGCAGAGUGACAUCUUGGAACAGCAGCUUGAGAAGCUGCAGGUGGAUCUAGGGAGCAGCAGAACUGCCCAGAAACCUGCCCUGAGGAGCAGAAAAGCCCAGCCAAGCCUCCUCUUGCAUGAGGGUGACAGAGAGGAGCUCCCUGCAGCCCUGUCCAAGCUGUCCCUGGAAUCUCAGGUGGAGGAGCUCAGCACAAGGCUUGGCAUCCAGCUGGAUGAGAACAAAGAUCUGAAGGCUGCUCUGGCGGAGACUGUGAGAAAGAAAGAGGAAGAUUUUUAAACUGUACCGAGACAUAAUGGAGGAUGUGAUAGGUUUUCACAGGCCAUUCAGCAGCACACACAAAAGAAAAGUUAAGCCAGAUAUUCUCAGUCUUUGGGCUGCAGAGCAGGGAGAGAGCCCAGGCACCAGUGUCAUUUUGCAGCCUCAGAUCGUGUCAUUUCAUUAGCAUUUGUGGCAGAGAAACAGAGAUGAAAUACAAAAAGUGAAGCUUUCAUGUGUCAGCAAUUUCUGUCUGUGGGGGUUGGCAAGCAGAGCUGGUUGGUGCAGUUUGGGAAGCUGCAAUUCUGCAGGAGGAUUUUGGGCAAAACCUCCCAGGUUUUAGCACAGUGUUCCCUGAGAGGGCUCGAUAUUCAAUCUGCUGCUGCCUUUAUCAGCUCAGGAAGGAAUUUGCUGUACAAAAGUUGGGCCAGCCCCCUUCCUUAGAACAAAACAAACUCUGUUUUUAUCCCCACGCUGCUACCUGCCUGUCUCAGGCUUUCUGUAGCACUUCAGUGCUGAGGCACAGGAUUAGCCUGACCUGCAGCUACCUGAAAAUCAGCUUUGGGCAGGCUCCUCUCAUCAUUCCAACCUCUUUCUUUGCUUGAACAUCCUGGCAGCAGUUUUCUGAAACUCCAGUGAGUUUCCACUGAAAAAAUGUGCAGAUUACCCCUGCAAUGAGUCCACCUACCUUA